AUGGACGCCUCAACCACAGCAGAUGGAUUCCGAGACCGCAUCCUCCACCAAAUCCACAGAGUCCUCUUCGACUUCCUCCAAGCGUCUUCAGACGACACAACCCCAAUGCGAAUACUCGGCGAUACCCCAAACAGCAUAAUCGACCCUAAAGAUUAUCUAACAUCUAUACGCCCCUUCGUGACAGAAAUCCAGAACUGCGUCCGUGAAUAUUAUAAUGCAAAUAUCAAGACUUGUUUCAUUGCAGUCAACAUCUACCAUGGCAAGCACUCCUACUUCGUGGUCGACCUUAAUAAUACCGAGUAUGACUAUCAGACUGCUCAUCAUGAAUGCAAGACAGUUCCGGUAACCCGUUUAUAUCCUACGUUUAUCAAAAAGAAACCCUAG